CAUUCAAAUUGACAUUAGUGAGAUGUGACAAACCGUUGAGAAAAUACUAAAUCAAAUUAAAUUGUUUGUGUGUUUUGUGUGUGUUUAAAAUUGCGAGUAAUACAAAUUAUGCAAUGGAAGAACGUCUCUACUUAUUCGAGGUCCUGAUAGACAGCAUCUAUUUCGAUGAUAGCGUGUCGGAAAUACCGCAAAAGAAGCAAAUUGUAGUCAGUGUUAAACUCGGAAAUAUCGUCACUUUGGAAAUAAGAUCGGAGACCUUACCGAUCAGUGGCGAAGGUGGUAAUAAACGCCUUAUCGACUUCAAAUCCGGCAAAUCCCACCUGAUACCCCUUCUGCAAGAGAACCUGCUGCAGGUCCUGGACAGCCAGAGUUUAGAGGUGACUGUAGGUGUCAGAGGAGAUGUCAUACCCAUAGGAACGUCUAGCGCACCCUGGGACGACUCUUUCAAGGAGAUGGUGCAGGCUUCCCACGAGGAAUUCGUCACCCCUGCCAGUAUAUUCGACAACUUCUGCCUGAUGGAGAACGGCGUCAUAAAGGGCAACGUCCAGCUCUUCCUAAGGCUGUCCUGCUUCGGCAAGAGCAUCCAGACACAGUUCGAGGUGCUCCACGACUCUGGAAACAAGCAGUUCCUCUUCAAAACGCCCAAUAUGGCCACCACCUUCAUUUGUUCCAAAUUCGGUGCAGGAACUUCAACGGACUUCCUUCCCGUAGGACCUCUGUACAACGUAGGCUACAUGAAGAGCGCGGAUAAGGGCACCACCAACAAAUCGGCAUCUUGGACGGCUGUCAUGGAAGGACGAUCCAGCUCCAUGUUCGACAAACGGAGCUCAAUUCAAUCCGAGUGUCUGUUCCCGGAGUAUCUGAACAUAGUUCCUCCGGUUAAGGAUUCGGCCAUCACCUUUGACAUAGUCUCGUUGAGAGCCAGGCCUGAGGAGGAAAAAUUUAUCGAUUUUCUGACAGGAAAGAAGUUUGGGGAUAUCGAGGAGUCUAUACAAUCGUUCACUAUACCAGAUGACGAAGGCAACGAACGAGUCAUCUACUACUUCGACGAUACAUUGAGGAAAGAUGAUGGAAGCCAGAAGGAAUCCAAAGCUUGUCAGUGCUCCAAGAUGCCGGCUUACUGUAAGCACGUCUAUGCCGCCAUAGAAAAAUACGAAAAGAGCCAUCCCGAUUUGAUGGUGUUUGGAAGAAGGGUGAAAUACGAGAAGAUAUUGAAGAAUCAAAAUAAGAAAAACUCGGAUAAUGAGCAGGACGAUUCUCUUUUGAGGCUACGAGGCGGUAAUGACCAAGACGAACCGUACUUGCUUAAGAGAGGGAAAGGAUGCUACAACCCUUGCUGCAAGAUGGCGUUCAAAUUGAGAUCAGUCGGUGUAAGCCAAUUGGUGCAAAACGACGACCAACAGAAAGAGGAGGACUAUUUUUGCGCUGAUUUCUAUUGUCCCGAAAGUACCAGAAGAAACGUCGCGCUUCAACUUAAGUUCUCCGAAGACGACGUACCAGAGACCUUCACUUGUCGCAACAGGUAUUGCCCGGCAGCCAAAAUGUUCAAGAGGCUAGGGCUGGGUCCUCUGGCCACGGAGCGUUGCCAGGGUACUCUGUACGGACCUGUCGAGCCACCGGUGCAGUACGGUCUAUCCCAAACGUAUGGCACAUUCGACACGUAUGGCCCAUACGGAAUUUUUUCCAAGACCAACACUCCAUUCAUGCAGGCUGAAGGAAAAACUUGGAUAAAACGUCCUGUGCUUCGAUUGAGAGGAGGUGGAACCAUGGAAGUGAUGGAUACUGGCAAGACUGGCUCACGAGGAGCAUCGAUUUCCAAAUCGCCAAUUGCCGAAUGUCAAGAGAUCAUGGAGCAGUUCGAUCAAAUCUUGGAAGAGUACAGGAGAGCCCUUGACACUGGGAAUAAUAGAGAACGCGACAUGGCGCAAUUUAUGGAUCCUUCCACAACAGCAAACUGCGGACAUCCAAGGUGCACUUACAUAUCAGAGCCUCCACUAACUCCCAUACAUUGGGACUGUCCAGAUCCCCUGCCUGUCGGUAUUUGUAAGAACCCCCAAUGCCCCUACCUCCCAGACGACCUUAAAAGGAUUGGAAGGAUACUUGAGUCGAAGGGACACAAAGACAAUGUAGACGUUAAGGGUUGUCCAGCGGAAUACGUCCAGAAUCAGAUCAAGAGCGCUCCGGAAUUCCCAGUUUCGAGAGAAGGGGGUGGGCAAAGAUGCCCUUUCUAUAACCCCCCGAAAAUCGUGAACAUGAUGCAAUUCUGCAACUUAUCGCUGCCGAACAUGAAGAAAUCGCAUUCUUGUUGCUCCAAUCCUAACUGUCCACUCAAGGGCAUAGUGUCAUCUUGUUCCAAUCCGGAAUGCCCUUUCGCGCACGGGGACUUGAGUAAACCUUGUUCGAAUCCUGAUUGUCCGUUCAAGGUAGCUCUCCUAUCUGCUCCUUGUUCAAAUCCGGAUUGUCCUCUCAGACAGGUGGAAUCCUCUGGUCCCUGUUCAAACCCAGAGUGUCCUUACAAACAGUCCAGUGUAUCCCAGCCCUGUUCGAACCCGGACUGUCCGUACAAGAAGGGUAAUUUGUCCACGCCCGACGAUGGCCAGUCAGACGAGAGUUGUCACAAUCCAGACUGUCCCUUCAAACAGAAAUCGGUGGAAUCUACCGAGGUUUGCGAAAAUCCAGACUGUCCAUUCAAAACCAAACAGAGUUCAACGCCCGUUUGGGCAGAUAUUUGUGAUCAGACUGAGGAGUGCAAGUGUGACAAUCCAAAUUGCCCGGCUCACAAGGAGACCUGCAGCAAUCCGGAGUGUCCUUUCAACGUGGAAAAGGGUGAGGUGUGCGCGAACCCCAACUGUCCGUACAAAAAGAGAGAGUCUACCAAGAAGAAGGGAGUUUGUGGCUCUCCCCAUAGAUCCGUGUGUGGGGAUAAGACUUGCCCGUUCCACGAAGGAGCCGGAGACGAUGGGAAGGAGGAGGAGAAGAAAGGGGAACAGUCCACCAUCGGUGGGGGAGACGGGGAGGAUAAAAAUCAAACGGAGGGGAUGACUGUAGAAGAAGGAGCGCUUGAGUACACCAAAGGCGAUCGGACAUCUAAAUACGACAUGACUCCUUGCACCCUCACCACCUGCAAGUUCAUGGGUGGCAAACUGAAGUGCGUGGAUUGUGCCACGUUGACGGAAGGAAGGAAACACGCUCCGUGUCCCAAGAUAUGUCCAGGUGACGUUAAAUGUCCACUGGCUAUCAACACCGUAUCGCUGCCGAGGACGCCGAGGAAGGCUGAAUCGGAAAAACGGGCUCUGAGGAGAGAAAGGGGUAAAUUCGCAUAUCAUUUCGGUGACACUUAUCCAGGGAUCAAUAGGGGUCACAAGCAUUGCGUGAUUUCCCCGUUUAACGUUCCUCCUAAGAUGGGUUGGCUGUGGAACCUUCACACUCCCUGCAUGCAACUAAAACAAAGGAGGGGUUGGAGACCUGGUGCCAUCGGCAAGACCAUUCUGGAAGCGAUACAGGCCCACCGUAGGGCUCAGAACAUGGCACCCUUGGAGGAAGGUAAAGUGAGGAGGAGAAAGAAGAAAUUCGGUGGCGUUGAAUCCGAAACCGAGCUCAUUCAUCCCAAGCCCACUCUGCAAAUCAAGAGGAAGGAGGGUGUCUACUACAUCACCAUGAAUCCACUGAAGGAUCCCAAUACCCUAGUUCCUAACGAAAGUCCUUAUAUGGAGACUACGCCGUUACAGUUCAGGAUAAUGAAGGCGAAAGAAACCAACGAGUACAAAUCUUGCGUAUGCAACGAUCAAGGCAUAGUCUACGAGCCUGAAUCAUCGUCGUCAGACAGCGAGUUGGACAUAGAGUUCACGCCCCCAGCUGGCAUCAUACGGCCAGAGAGAUUUGUCAAAACGAAGGAUGUCAUCCAUAUCGACACUCAGUACAACGCUCAAGAUAUCAAACCUUCCUCUAAUGAUAAACAGCAUAGAGGAAAGGACGAGAAAGAAAACGAUAAGGAUAAGAAAGACAAAGAUAAAAAGAAGGACAAAAAAAAAGAAAAGGGGAAGGAUAAGAAGAAGAAGAAAUAGAAUAAGGAUAAAACUAAUGAUAUUUUAUUUCAAAUGUAUCUACAAAUUUGACAAAUGUUAAACAUUUACCGAACAAAUAAAUAUUUCAGAAUUC